ACACAUUGGUUCCGAUAAUAAUCAGUCCUACACGCUGUCAAAAUGUCAGGCUUUAAGAAGCCGCGAUCUGUGGCAAAUCCACUCGAAUCGACCAUUACAACACCGAGCGAAAGAAUCCUAAAAGAAUGCCACAACUUAUAUAUCGACAACGAGAACGGAUUAGUGAAAAUAGCAGAGAGUUUGGGAGUCCAUCUCUUACCUCCUCGGAAAAAGAUUAUAGUUAUGAUUAUGGGAAACCACUCGGCCGGGAAAAGCUCCUUUAUUAACUGGUAUGUGGAGGAGCACAUACAGAAGACAGGUGUUGCCAUAGAGACACAAGGCUUCACAUUUAUUACCAGUGGCAGGAAACGAGAGUCACUAACCGGAAAUGCGACGUUACAUCUUUAUCCACAUUUCAGACCAUUGCUGGAGUUUAAAGGUGUGACGGACUACUUGAGCGCUGAGAUUUCCACCUCCAAACAAAAGAAGUUCAACUUGGUGACGUUCGUCGACACCCCAGGUUUGGUGGAUGGAGAUAUGGUGUACCCGUUUGACGUCAACAAUGCCAUCACUUCUUUCGGCGAGCAGGCGGACCUCAUCUUCGUGUUUUUCGAUCCGAUGGGGCAGGCGCUGUGCAAGCGGACGCUGAACAUUGUUGAGAAGCUCAGUGAAAAGUGUGGAGACAAACUGCGCUUUUACUUGAGCAAAGCUGAUGAGGCAGGACGAGAAACAGACAGACAGCGAGUGAUGAUGCAGAUCGUUCAAGAGCUGUGCAGAAGACCUGGACUCAACAAAUGUGGCUUUGAAAUGCCCACCAUAUACAUCCCCAACCCUCAAAAACCCAGCAGGUGUAUCAACCAGAUUGAUGAAGUGUGUGAGACCAUUGAGAAGAGCAUAAACCAGGCAGUGCAGAAAACACUGGACCAGCUGGAGAAAGACUGUAACCUCAUUAUCGCUACCAUCAAUAAUACACUGGACCAGGACCGGGUAAAUGCGAGCUGUAAUAAAAGCAAUCGCUUUAAUUCCUUCCUGUGUGGACUUCUGGGAAUCUUCCUCCCAUCACUCCUCAUCCUCAGCUUCAUCGUCAACACUUUCGCUCCAGAGGAACUGGACACUCUCAUAGGCGAGGGACUCGCCAAAACACUCUUCUUAUCUACAGGAAUAGUUGUGUAUCUGUGGGAGUGGAUCCCGGAAGAUUGGCAGAUAUUGUUUGUGAUCAUCUUCGGUGCUUUCUGCUACCUUUUAUUCUUUCUGGCCAAGUAUUUUGCACGCCAAAGCAAUAAGACGCUGACUAAGAAAGAGAAGAAGAAGCUGAUAGAGUACAGUGAUUAUAUCCAAGAUGGCGUCAAAGCCAAGAAGCGGAAACUUUACGAGGAGUAUCUUCAACAAUGUGCGGCAGAAUACGAUUUCUGAAGACAUCCAGCAAGUCGCCUCUUUGUCGUAUCAGAACAGUACAAAUUAUUAUAUGAAGCACGUCCUUACAUUACAGAUAUUGAUGAAGUGAAUAAUAAGACAAGCCAGUGCCUUUUUUGUGAAUAAUUUAUAAAGUGAACAAUUUUAAAUGUGAUAAACAAACAUGACCUCAAUAUUAUUUCACACCAGCUAGUUUUUAUCUAUAGUAUUUUUAAUAAUCAGACAUAUGCCUGUUUACAGUCAAUAAGCUCCAUUAUCACUAUAUUAUUAUUAUUAUUAAGUUUAUAAGUUUUUGAUGAUCCUGAUUAGAGAUGCACUGAUAUUAAAUGAUAUUAAAAUAUUAUUUUCUACCAAUAGCUGAUUAUUCAAACUGAUAUCUGCCGAUACCGAUAGUUUGGUGGUUAUAUUAACUAAAUUCUGAAGAUUAAAUUUGUUAUUUUUUCAUAUAAUAACCAUUACUAUUGAACAUGUUUCUUUACAUUUUCUAUACACAGUGCUCCAAUUCAUUGCAUUUUCCUUUUCUCUUUUGAUUGACAGGAUAUACCGGCCAUGACUAUCAGCUCUUAUAGCAGAUAGUGUGAAAAUUAACUUCCGAUACCGAUUAUUGGCCGAUAUAUAAGUGCAUCGCUAAUCCUGAUACAUAAUUUAUGUGGCCUUAUUUUGAUCUAUAUGUUGUAGCACUGUAAACCAAACCAAAA